GGAUCCUUACAGCAUGAUAAUAUGAACGACUCCGAAAGACACACCCAUGAUCCCGUAAACCCUAUUUCUAUACUGGAUUCUCAAAAAUUUUGUACUGAAGUAUCUCGAAAUUCCAGAGAAACCCUAAACGAAACUUUAAACCAAGAAUCUUCUCGAAUACUAAAUUUACAUUCAAAUUCUAGGAAUAUUUCGCGUACAGCCCGUAGAAACAAAAUUAAGGUAGCUUCGUAUCGCCAACGAUUGAAAUUAUACUCCAAAUUUGAAGUAAAAUUAGACAGCAAAAUUUUAAGUCAGGAUGCUAUAAAUUUUUGUUUAUCACAAUUAAAAAGACGAAAUGUCAAACCAAAGGGUCGCAGGUUUACCACUGAAGAUAAAUUAUUUGCAUUAAUGUUUUAUAAACAGUCUGGGAGAUGUUAUAGAAAAAUGAGACAGAUUUUUGCACUGCCUUCACGUCAAACAAUUAUGUCUAUGUUGAACAAAAUUCCAGUAGACGUUGGUAUAAACAAAAUAAUUUUCGACAAUCUUAAAGAAUCUGCUUCAAAAUUAAAUAACCAAGAUAGAAUAUGUGCAUUAAUUUUUGAUGAAAUGUCCAUAAUGCCCCACAUAGACUAUGACAAAUAUACGGAUACAUUUUUCGGAUUUCAAAAUUUUGGAUUUGAACAAAAUUUACAGAUAGCAGAUCAUGUUCUUGUUUUUUUCAUUCGCGGAGUGUUUAAAAAAUGGCAACAGCCAAUAUACUUUGCAUUUUCUUUUUCGUCUACAAAAUCUUACAUAUUGACAACUAUUAUAAAAACUCUGGUUGAAAAAAUACAAAAUUGUGGAUUCAAAAUUCUGGUUACAAUUUGUGAUCAAGGCCAACCAAACCAAGCAGCUAUAAAUUCUCUGCUAAAGGAGUCGAAACAACGUUAUAUACAUAAAGGGAUGGAACCUAAAAGAAGAAUUUUAUUAGGGGAUCAAGAAAUUAUUCCAUUAUAUGACACGCCUCAUUUAAUUAAAUGUAUUAGGAACAAUCUGCUUACUAAAAAUUUAGUGUGGAAAACAAGCGAGGAAAUUUUGGUUACAAAUUGGAAACAUAUAAUCGAUGCGUACUACAGUGAUCAAACAUGUGGAGAAUUACGGGCUCUACACAAAAUUACGGAUCUCCACGUAAUUCCGGAAAAAAUUCAAAAGAUGAAGGUGUGCUAUGCGACACAAGUUUUGAGUCACUCAAUGGCAUCGACUAUUACGCUAUUGGUUAAAUCUACCGAAUGCAGUUUAACAAACGAGGCAAUGGGAACAGCACGAAUUAUAAAAUUUUUUGACAAGCUCUUCGACAGUGUAAAUGGCAGUACUUUUCAACCACGGUGCGGAAAACCAUUUUCUGGGGGCGUAUUUAAAUCUUCUGGUCAUAAACAUUUUUGGAAGGAAGCUAUCAAAAUUUUGGGUGAUAUGUAUUUCGUCGAUGAGGCCGGAAAAAUGGUAGUACCUCCGUGUAUAAAAAACUGGAUUGCAACGUUAGAAGGUUUUGUGGAUUUACAUACAAUUUUAGUAGAACAGGGCAGGUGCAAAUAUUUUUUACCUAGAUGUUUAAAUCAAGAUGUUAUUGAAAACUAUUUUGGCAAAAUCAGAAGUCAAAGAAAUCGAGCAACUAAUCUAACGGCAGUCCAAUUUAAGGAAAGUUUCAAAUCUCUAUUAUUACGCAAUUUUUAUAGUUCAAAUUCAGUGGGCGCAAACUGUGAGAAAACGAACAUACCGGAUUUAUUUCAUAUUAAAAGACUUGUGGAUAAAAACAUAAAUCAACCUUCAGUAAAUGAAACGAGUUACGAAAUUUUAAACGUGAAUAUGUACAUUUCAAAACUGUCUGCAUAUAAUUUAGAAAAAGAUCUUCAUAAAAUGAGCAUUCACAGAACUGUACGACGGUUUAAUGAGACUGGAUCAUACAGCCGAAGACCUGAUUCGGGUCGUCCAAAGAAAACAUCGGCUCGGGAUGACCGCUUUUUAACGCUGACCGUGUUCCGUAAUAGGGAUACGACCGCAGUUGAGGCCAGAAAUCAACUUGAAGAAACACGAGGAGUUAGUCUCGACUUGCAUUUGCUCGAGAACACGUUAACUCGGAUCUUGCCCAAUGGGGCCAAGUACUCUUUACAGAUGAGUUGCGUUUUUGUCUACGUUCUCCUGACGGCCGUCAAAGUGUAUGGCGAAGAAGAGGCGAAAGGAAUUUCUGCCGAGGCUCGCACGGAACUUGUAGUGGUGGAUAGAGGCACAAUGAAUGCUGAUCGAUAUGUAGCAAAUAUUCUUCAAGAGCAUGUCGUAGCUUUUGCUCCUUUUAUUGGCGAUAAUUUUAUUCUAAUGCAUGAUAAUGCUAGACCACAUAUCGCUAGAGUUGUACAAACCUACCUCGACGAAUUCGGGAUUUCACGUAGACGUAUCAGACCACGUGUGCCGGCCGUACAACACAUAAGAGAUCUUGCAAAUGCGCUAGUUGAAGAAUUUGACCAAUUAGCCCAGGCUGAGAUUAGACACCUCAUAGAAGGCAUGGGAAAACGUAUGGCAACCGUAAUGCAAGCUACAGGCGGCAACAGUCACUCUCCGCACAGGUUUGUUCGCUUCUGGGAUGGGCAAAUCCACCCUGAAAAUCGGAAGCACUCGGCAUGGUUCGUCCUCGUCGGAGACACGACUCAAUUGAAUUCAAGAGGUGGUAAAGAAGGCAUUAAAGACAUUGAGUUUUUGUUUUUAAUAAAUAAAUUCAGUAGUAUGGAACUUGAUAUUUAUGAAUUAUUUGUUUAUAAAUUAAGAUCAUGUCCCGAAAUGAAACAAUUGGUAAUCACAAACUCUCGUGGCAGUAAUAAGGGCUUUAAUCAAAGUUCGGACAAUAAAUAUUACCUAUUGGUUGAUCGGUAG